AUGCAUCGUCGCCCAAUCUUGAAGCUCUCACAUCGGGCGGGAUGGUCGGUUUCAGCCGGCCUUAAACCCUCUUUAACGGCUUUAUCCAUUCGACGAACGUUAAGAUCAUCCGCGAGCUGUUUGAAUACGUCAGAUUCUUCAAACGGAAACGAUAACGACUCUUCUUCGGGUUCUGCGCCAGCGAAGCCCAAGUUUGGCAGCCGAUGGGCUUCUAAAGCUACUAAACCAGCGGGCUUAAGUGCCGCAGAGCAAGCUAUUCGCGAUAGCAUCGUCGCCAACAACCCUCCUCCUCCACCACCACCGCAAUCUGAACAGCAACCGGAACAGCAACCGCGGCGACGACGUAAUGAUCAAUUGAACCGGACUCAGAACACGAGGUCAAAUCGCCAUGGAGACUUCCCGGGCCCGCGAUCUGCGUCGAGGCCGACACGCUUGAGCGCGGAAGAGCAGAAUGAACGUGAUGUUUUUGGGACUGGCAACGGACAACAUCAACAGCAAGAUAUUCCUCGAUCAAAUGCAUUUGGAGCGCCGCGAUUCGGCUCUCGGACGACUUCGAGGUCAGCAGGAUUGAGCCUCGCAGACCAGGCUACGCGUGAUACUCUAGUAGAUGAACACAAUAACCCGCCACAAAACCGCACGGAGUCCCGACAACCGCGUCGAUCCGAUCACUCAAACCCGUUCCGGAACCCAAGGCCAAGACGCGACCGUGAUGAAGAUAUUUGGGGCAACCGACCUGCAACCGAUGUCUCAGGCUCAAAGUCCUCGGAAUCAUUGCCAUUUGGACGAGAGCGGUGGCAUGAUGGAGCACUGGGUAGGACCAACAGGGGCAAGCCUGCCCUUGACUGGAGCUGUCCUAGUUGUAUGGCUCAUGUCUUCGGCUCGAAGAUAGUAUGUCCAUUCUGCCGCACAUCUCGCCCGGAUGAUGCAAAAGCAAGGUUUCCAACGACGAGAAGCCAUGAUAAUUCUGCUCGGCUCCAGAGAAGACAACCUGGCCGAGAACCUUCUGAGGAGACAAGGAAGUUCCAAGAUCUAGGCAGGUCAUUUUUGCCUGAAUUUGAUUCACAUCAGUCGGAGCAGCCAGAGGCGGCCGAUCUGCAAGACUUUGACCGCGCAGAGUCCAGACCGAAGGACAAGGAGGCCCCCAAAGCAGAGAAAGAGCAGAAGGACAAGGUCAAAAAGAACGACUGGUCUUGGGAUAUGUCUAAACUGGAGGAGUUGGAAAACCUGGAGUCACAAGAGCAGGAGCAGUUACAGAAGCCUGUCAAGCGCCGUGAUGGACGCAAGGGACGUCAACCACAAGCCCAAGAGGCAGAAGAAUUCGACUCUGAAGAACGCCAGCGUCUUCGUGAAGAGCGUAGACGUCAGCAAAAAGAGAAGGCCGCCAAAAAGGCUGCUCAGAAGGCUGCCAAGUCUGCUCCAGCGCCUCUAUUCCUUCCUGAAUUUAUCAGCGUCAGUAAUCUGGCUGAUGUAAUUGGUGUGCGGCCGGCGCAGUUCGUUGCACGCAUGGAGGAUAUGGGAUUCGAGGAUAUCACAUACAAAGAUGUCCUUGAUGCAGAGACCGCUGGACUGGUGGCCGCUGAGUUCAAUUUCGAGGCUAUCUUUGAUACCGGCUCAGAUGAUCUGAAGGCCGCGCCUCCGCCAGAAGAUACAUCUAAUCUCCCAACUCGUCCUCCAGUGGUUACCAUCAUGGGUCAUGUUGAUCAUGGUAAAACUACUAUCUUGGAUUGGCUGCGCAAAUCAUCUGUAGCAGCGUCCGAGCAUGGUGGUAUCACACAACAUAUUGGUGCAUUCUCUGUUAUGAUGCCCUCCGGAAAGGCCAUUACCUUCUUAGAUACACCCGGUCACUCUGCAUUCUUGGAAAUGCGUCGCCGUGGUGCUGAUGUCACAGAUAUCGUGGUCCUUGUUGUGGCUGCAGACGACAGUGUCAAGCCUCAAACCAUUGAAGCCAUCAAGCAUGCCACUCAGGCUAAUGUUCCCAUGAUCGUCGCCAUGAGCAAGAUUGACAAGGAGGGUAAGAAUACCGACCGAGUCAAGGGCGAUCUCUCUGCCAAUGGUGUUCACGUGGAAGACUUUGGCGGCGAUGUCCAGGCUAUCGGUGUCAGCGGUAAGACCGGCGAAGGAAUGGUUGAACUGGAAGAAGCCAUCGUGGCACUUUCAGAAAUGCUCGAUCACCGUGCAGACAUCCACGGUCAUGUCGAAGGCUGGGUUCUCGAGGCGACCACAAAGAGCCAUGGCCGUGUGGCAACUGUUCUCAUUCGCCGAGGAACCUUGCGACCUGGAGAUGUUAUUGUUGCCGGUUCCACAUGGGCACGUGUCCGCACUCUUCGCAACGAAGCCGGUGUACCCAUCAGUGAAGCGACACCCGGAAUGCCCGUCGAGAUUGACGGCUGGAGAGACCAGCCAGGCGCCGGCACUGAGCUUCUUCAGACUUAUAGUGAACAACAUGCCAAGGAGGUCGUUGAUCGCCGAUUGGACAAGUCUGAUACCAUGAAGAUGGGCGAGGAUAUGGUUGCCAUCAACGAGACCCGAAAGGCACUCCUCGAGAAGCGCAGGCUCGAACAGGAGGAGGACGAAUCAAACCCCAGACCCGAAGAAUCUACCGGACCCAAAGCCUCCCAUUUCAUCCUGAAGGCUGACGUGGAUGGUUCAGCGGAAGCUGUGGUGAACUCCAUUGCGGCAAUUGGUACCAAUGAAGUCUACGCUAAUGUGCUUCGAUCGGGUGUUGGCCCUAUCAGUGAAUUCGACAUUGAGCAUGCUGCCAGUGCCAAAGGCAAACUCAUUUCCUUCAAUCAGCCCAUCGACCCCAACAUGAUGCGCCUAGCAGAGAAUGCCGGCGUUGAGAUCUUGAACCACAACAUUAUCUACAAGUUGAUCGAUGAUGUCAAGGCCACUCUCAGCGAGCUGCUGCCCCCGUCGGUUACUACCCGUGUGACUGGUGAAGCGGAGGUUCAGCAAAUCUUCCAAAUUACUGUCAAGGGUCGCGACAAAUCGACAAUUGCUGGAACUCGUGUUCGUAACGGUAUGAUUAACCGAGCCCGCAAGGUCAGGGUUAUUCGCGACGACAAGACCGUUUAUGAUGGCACCAUUGUCUCCCUCAAGAACCUCAAGAAGGACGUUACUGAGAUGCGCAAGGAUACUGAGUGUGGUAUCGGAUUUGAAGAAUGGUCUGACUUCCAGGUAGGCGACCACGUCCAGUGUUACGAAGAAAUCUUCGAGAAGAGAUAUCUGUGA